CCUGUGACAGCGGCAGCCCGCGCAGUUUGGUUCGGGGACGGAGGAGGAUAAUGUGGAAGGAAAGACACCAGGCGGCGGAGGAGCUGCAUGCGUUUCUUAUCAGCAUUCAGGAGCAUGUCAAGAAGGGUGAUCCUGGUCCCUUUUCUUAUAAGGAUGAGCUACAGGUUCACUUGUUCAGUCCUGGCCAAUGCCAGUCAUUGGAGAGUUUUUGGAACGCGAACGGAAUGUCUUUUGUGGUGGAGAAAAAGAUUUUGAAACUGGAGGAAGACAUCAUAGAAGAAUCCCAGACUAGCGACAGCCACUUAUUUGAUCUUUCUGUAGAAAAAUCAUGUGCGCCGCUGCCUGUCUCAACCAUGCAAGCCAGGCAGCUUCUUUCAAGCUAUACUUUGACACAUAACCCCAACAUGGCACAGUUUGGGAAUGGAAAACCAGUGGAGGUUCUUCCUCAGUUGUGGGUAAGAUGUGACGGCUCGGAUGCAGAAAGUACCUGUUGGCUUGGAGCGGAGCCUAUCAAAACCAGCAGGAAUGAGAUAUCAGGAAUGAGCUUCCAUAAGGUAACCUGUGCAGGUCCGACUUCUGACAAAUCCUGUUUUCCAAGUCUUGAAGCAUUGAAGAAAUCCCACAAGGAAAGACAUCAUUCUUCCGCAAUGCAGACAAGAGGAUUUGCUCAAUAUGAUUUAUUUAGCUGCACCGCACUGGAGAAUUCUGUUAUAGAAUCACAAACCAAUGUCACUGUGGACUUUGUGUGGAAUGGAGUAGACCAUAUCCCUCAGAUGCCACCUUUGACGUCUGCGUCAACACUGAAUAUCAGAGUGGAGUCCGGAGAUCUUCGAAGUCCUGUGUACCCUGUGUAUAAAGAGCUGGAUUUCCUUCUGGUUUUAGCUGAAGGUUUGAAAACUGGUGUAACAGAAUGGCCAGAGACUUUAGAAACCAAGUCAGCCGCUGAGCUUGUUCAAGAGCUUCUUAAUGAGCUUAAGAAUAAACUAGACGGAGUUAAUAAUUCAGCUCCUAAAAAGGAUGCAGAGAAAGUAAAGAGUGAUGCUGCAGCAGUGGACAGCUCCAUCCAGUCUUUUAUCAUCGAACGUGGAGAUUUGGACUUUGCUGAGGUGCUGUGGUGUAAAAUGAGAAAAAGUGUAGCUUCUUAUCAGGAUGUUGUAAACUGCUUCUCACUCGUCGUACAAUCCCUGAGACAUGGCGAUGUGCACCCCUGGAUCCAUCGUGGGAGCAGCAGCACACUGAGCAAGCUAAUUCAGCAGUCCUACCACGGAAACAUGCAAAGUGUCUCCCUUUCGGGCCUCACUCCCAUCCGCAUGCUGCUAGAGAUUGGUUUGGACAAGAUGAAAAAAGAUUAUAUCAACUGCUUUAUAGGUCGAGAACUUGCAACAUUCAAUUACUUGGAUUACUUCAUCAGCACAUCCGUGGAUCUACAAGAGCAGGUGCACCGUCUCAAGAAGCUGCAUCAUAUGCUGGAGGUGGUUGCAAACUGCAAUGCUUUCCUGAGCCUGGAGCAUGAGAACCUCUUUCCGCUUAUACAGUCUUGUUUAAAGUACUACAAGGAGAACCCAUGGAAUGAGCAGCAUGUGUUCAAGCUUCCAAUUCGUCCAAGUGUCGUCAGCAGAUUCUACCAGAAUUCUCACCCACAGAUAUGGAAAGUGGAGAUCCUUAGUGGACAUGGGCAGAAGGAAGUCAAAACUAUGUGGCAGCUAAGUGCCCGACCUCCAAUAGACCACGUGUCAUUUGAUGUUCCAGAUGUCCAGACUGACAUGACAAUGACUGGAGAAAGUGAAGAGAUUCUUUAUUACCAAGCACAGAUCAGCUGCAGUCAAGUGCACUUCUUGUGAAAGUGACCAGUCAGAGAACCAGAAGAGGGGGUCUUCAAGUGAAAGUCCUUGCUGUGGGCACAGUUGACAGCACUUAUCAGAUGGUGAUUUUAUCGGUGUACCACGUUCUGUGUCCUAUUGCUUUCUGCGCAAAAGGAUCAUCAAAAGCACAGCGCUGAUGAGAAUACACAAUGUGAAAACUGUAGGCACCACGAUCUCGGUCACCAUCUCCAUGUGGGUGAUCAGUGGGUCUAGGACGAGACAAACCCACCAUAAGAACAUUGCUGUGUGCAGUGCACUGUAUUGGAUGGUUCAGCCUUGCAAGCUCUCUUUUAAUUAUAAAAUCAGAUAUACCUGACGGUUUUAUCAAUUACAAUGUCUUUCCCUUCAUUAGUCAGGGGGUUCUGUUUUUCCAUAAGGAGAGCGUGUCAGUAGUAACAUUACUUGAUAUGACAGAUGCUAUAUAAGGGACCUGGUUAAAGCUAACAUGCUGUAAUUGCUUACAAGCAAGACUGCCACCCCCCCCCCCCCCCACCCCCCCUUUCCCCAUUAACUUUCUUGUGAUUACUUUCAAACUGGAUAGUUAGGUUAGUAUCAUACAAGCAUCUUUGGUUCUGAAAAUACAGUCCGCAUCUCCUGAACCGACCACGGCUCAUUUCAUUGAAACUCAUUGGAUCUAGUAAUCUAUGCUGCUGUGAGCUCCUGUCCAACCACGGGUGUACUGUACUGGAGAAACAGCAACAUUCCAGUAUGGUAUAGUAGACCUAUGGUUGGGCAGUAACUUGCAGCAUCAUAGGUCACUAUGUUCCAUGGAGUUCUGGUCAGAUGAGUGGCUGUCACACGCAUUGUAUUUUUAGGACCGAGCACAUUUGUGUGACUGGCCUAAUUCUAUGAACACUUAUCACAUGUGAAAACUCUAGAAAUGGAUUAUCACUAGAUCAUAUUCUAACCAGCCUAUUUUCCUUGCAAAACCAGCAAGCGUCCGUCAACCCUCCUAGACAUAUGUAAGAUCUGUGGGCAGUUUUACAAACUUUUUUUUUUUUUUUAAGCUUUCAUGUGCCUAUUCCACACAUUUUCCAUUAUGUUUUCUGCACAUUUUUCAUGUAAAUGGAUUUUCUUGGACAAUAUUAAAUGCGCAUAAAAUGUUAAUUUUCAGUAAGGCCACAUAACCAUAUUGGUUUCUAAAAGCACAUCUUACCAUGAAUUAGCCGCAGUAAAUUUGCAGCCGUAAUCCUCUGUUCCUCUGAUUUUUCAAGAAGAAAACAGACAAAAGUGGAGUGAGCAUGAAAAUCUGAUGACAUGAAGUCCUGCACGAUCCCAAAUUGUUACAUCUCCACGACACACAGUUUGGUGUGCUGCUAGUUUGAAGGGCCCAUUCACACAGCAUUUUUUGUUGGUGGAAUUUUGGCACAGACACCCGUGCCGAAAUUUCGCCGCCAACCACAUUGUUUCUGUCUCCCAGGGAAGCAGCGCUAAAGAUUGCAGAGUGGUUUAAAGCCACUGCCGCACCAAGAAGGGAUAUGUCCGCAAGUCAAACUCUAGGGAGGGGGGGGUGGGGGGAGUUGGGUGAAAGUUAAAUUUGUUAUUUAACAAACUUUGUAUUACUCUAUAAUGUCAACGCAUUAGAUAUUUGUCCAUGUAAAUGGCUGACAGGAUUUUGAUCAUUAUGUAAAAAUGUGUAUUUUAUUGAUAGUUUAUUUAAAAAUCAAUACAAAUAUUUUUUGAUUAAAAAAAAAAAAAGAAGGGAUAUGUCCAUUCUCAGUUUGGCCGCAGCUUUAAUCCACUGCUCCAAAAUCUUCAGCGCUGCCUCCCAUUGAAAAGAAUGGAGGCAGAAACCAUGCUGCUGCUGGCAAAUUUUCUGCAUAGAUGUCAGCAUCAAAACUCCACUGCAAAAAAACACUGUGUGAACUGGACCUAAAGGUGCACUUAAAUCUCUCAAAGCCAUCUACAAUGAUUUCUGUGGUGGAUUCACAUGGAGUACAGCUCCAGACAGCACACAGUAUACUUUGCAAAAGUUUUGUAGAGACACUAAAACAAAUAUAUGUCGGCUGCAGGACCCAUGUUAUUACUGCGCUUUUCCAAAUAUCAGUAUGUUUCAUACCAGAAACUGGAGCAGAUUUCAUCAAAGUAAAAUAGGAAAGUCUUCAACAACCAUUCAUAUGCUAAUUUCACAUCAGCCCAUCCAGUCCGUGAAAUAUGCUCUGUGUGUCAGUUUAUUUUUUCUUGGGCUGAACAAUGCUCCUGUAACAUAUAAUGAUUUAUAAUGCUGUGUGCUCAGGCCCGACCUCGGAUGUACUGAACUUUACUGAAAUAAUGGUGUCAGUACAAUUCAGUACAGCCAAGGUUGGAAAGGGACACAGCAUUAUGAAUCAUUAUAAUUCCUUGAGGUCGUGUCACAGGAGCAGCUUUAAGCCCAAGAAAAAACCUCUCGCAAUGACUGGAUGCACUCGUGUGAAAUUAGCCCUAUGUUUGGGAGUCACUCUAGCAAGAAAUAUACAGAUCCCUACAUGGUCUGAAAAUAUGACCAUUUAAUGCAGCCCAAUCCUGACUUGGAAUUUGAGGUGUUUACUGCCGAUUUCCAUGUUUUUGUCGUUUUGUUUUAUAGCAGAUGGAUGUGAAUAGAAGGAUAUGACUGACUGAUCCAUGUGGAUACAGCAAGUCAUAGUGCAUAAGUAUAACUUUUGUGUUUAGUAGAAAGGCUGAAUUGUUACAUAAGUAACUGUAUGUAUAUUAACUGCUUACUACCCUUUAAGUUGCUUUUCCUGUUUCUAUGUUAAUUACACUCUGUUCAUAUUUUUCUAAAAGUUUUACAGCAUAUGAAUCCAGCACAACUUUUGAAAUAUUAAUAAAGGCCGAAUAAAUGAAGUCUCAUGCGUUUGAUUGCAAAAGGUAGUAAUAUAAAAUUCAUACACUACUAUUCUAGUAUCAACUCAAACUUCAUCAUCAAGUACCUUAAUCCUUGUCUCUCAAGCCUUUUAUUUAUCUGUUAGGCUUAGGGUGGUUGACACAUUUGUUUUGUUUCAAAAACACUGUUCUCAGCUUUUUUUUUAUUAGCAAAAAAAAGCACUGGUAUGGCUAUAUAUAACACCAUACAAACACUUUUAAGACUGUUUUCCUUGAAUUCUUUUUAUGUUUUUUGUGGGUAAAAAAAAGUGGGGAGGUACCAAAAAUAUGCCAAACACGUGAAAAUUCUCCAAAUUCCCUUCUUCCUGAACGGUCAGACUUAAAGGCUAUGUACCUUUUGGGGGCAUUUUUUUUAAAUUAAUUCAUUGUACUGAUAUUGAGCUAAAAAUCCUUUUUUAAAUUGGUCUUUAUUAACAAAAAUAUUGAGCCCUUUUCUCGGCACACUGCUGAGAUGCUCUAGUAGCAGGAUCUGAAUUUUCUCUGCUCCAUCA